AUGAAGCAAUAUUGGGGCGCAGAAAUAUUACAACAUAACACCGAUAAUCCAAUUCUUAAGAAGCAAACAGCAAUAAAUAGUUUCAAAUUGAAAUUAAGCUGUUGUAUCCUCGCUGGUGAUAUGGUUUUUGGUUGUUGA